AUGGCUUGGGAGCACUUGUCUAUAAAUAAACCGCAUCUGGUAUAUAUCAUCCUAGGCGGCUUUACGAGCAUUUUUAUGUUGUGCUCGCUCUUUAUCAAAGAGAAGCUGUACAUUGGAGAGGCGACAGUGGCAACAAUAUGUGGUGUUAUUUUUGGUCCUCAUGCUGCUAAUCUAAUAAACCCAUUGACUUGGGGCAAUACCGAUCAAGUCACUCUCGAGUUCUCUCGUAUAGUACUCGUGGUACAAUGUUUUGCCGUCGGCGUUGAGUUGCCAAAAGCCUACAUGGAGAGGCAUUGGAAAUCGGUGGUCUUCUUGCUUGUCCCGGUCAUGACAUUCGGCUGGCUCAUCACCAGUCUCUUCAUUUGGUGGAUGAUUGAGCCUCUUACUUGGCUGGAAUCGCUGGUCUGCGCUGCUUGCGUCACAGCUACUGAUCCCGUCCUGGCGUCCUCUGUCGUCGGAAAAGGUAAAUUCGCCAAACGUGUGCCGAAACAUCUUCGAGAUCUGUUAUCCGCCGAGUCUGGCUGCAACGAUGGCAUGGCAUUUCCAUUCGUUUACCUCUCAGUCUACCUCUUAAGAUACGACCUGGGAGGUAAGGAGGUUGUUUAUCACUGGGUCUGCUUCACCAUCCUGUACGAGUGUAUCUUUGGUGCAUUCUUCGGUGUCAUGGUCGGCUAUAUCGGCCGCCAUGCCAUCAAAUGGGCGGAGAGAAAACAAUUGAUCGACCGAGAGAGCUUUCUCGUGUUUUAUUUUGUCCUCGCUCUCUUUUGUGCAGGCGCUGGCAGUCUGCUCGGUAUGGACGAUCUUCUCAUUGGGUUCGCUGCGGGAGUGGGUUUCUCUAACGAUGGAUGGUUCACCGAGAAGACAGAGGAAUCUCACGUCUCGAACGUCAUUGAUUUACUCAUCAAUUUGACCUACUUCGUCUAUUUCGGUACCAUCAUUCCCUGGGACCAGUUCAACGCGCCGGAUCACGGCAUGGUUCCCUGGAGACUGGUGGUCAUCGCAAUAUUUGUCAUUUUCUUCCGUCGACUUCCUAUCAUGUUGGCAUUGAAGCCCUUCAUCCCGGAUGUCAAAACUUGGCGAGAGGCUUUCUUCGCUGGCCACUUCGGACCCAUCGGAGUGGGUGCAAUCUUCGUGGCCAUCCUUGCUCGUGCCGAACUUGAGACAGAUUCCACAGAGCCGCUGGCUACCCUCCCCCCCCCAGGCUCGAAGGAUUAUAAUUUAAUAUACUUGGUCUGGCCAGUGACGACGUUUCUUGUUAUUUCGUCAAUUUUGGUUCACGGCUCAUCAAUCGCCGUUUUCACCCUCGGAAAACGUAUCAACACCUUGACCAUUACACUGUCCUAUACCCAAGACAACGAAAAGGGUCCCGCUUGGAUGACUCGAUUGCCAAGGAUUACCUCUCAAUCGAGAUCAAUGUCACGUAUGUCUGGCUCGGACAUCGAUGAGAACGAAAAGCUUGAAAUUCCUCCUGGCGAGUUACCUCCGGUUGGUAUCCCCAAACUCCACCUUCGCCGUCAACGUGAAGAUGAGUAUGAGAAGAAGCCAGGGCCCCGUUCCUCGAGUACUGGCAGGGCUCGUAGACGUCGCAGACGUGAUAAAGACUCUGAUACCCGUCUGGGUGGGCCUAUCAGUCAGAGUGCGAUCGCCCCGGCCAGACACUCUGAACCCACACUAUCACAACAAGAAUCAGGCUCGGAUACAUUGUUUGAGAAGUCCGAAGAGCCCACGCCAGAGUUACGUCAAGAUCGACUGGCAAUGGAAUCAUCAACGCCUUCGCCUGGUCCUGAAGAUGGCAGCGCUGACCAGGAGCAUGAGCCUGGCUCACGACAACGACGCAGAUCGCGAUCGGUCUCUGAACAAAAUGUUGAGAUUGAGGCCUAUCAGGAAGGCGAUGUUCUUGUCGUUGAGGAUGAAGAGGGCAAUGUCGUCGACACAAUUGAUACUUCUGACAUGACAGAGGAAGAAAAAGUCCAGGCAAUUGAGAAAACACGGACUCGUCUCAGGAACGACACCAGUGGUCAAUUCACGAAGCACAAACAUGAACCGCAUCCCAAAGACGAAGGUGAGGAAAUAGAGCGGGAAAUAGAUGCAGGCCUCGGCCAACCGUCCAAGACCCUCAAAAGCCGAUUCGAUCAGUGGAAGGGCUUUGGGAGGAAGAAAGAGGAUGAACCAGAAGGUUCAGGACAGCCUAAGCAAACACAGAGGAGGAGAGGUCCUGCACAUGCCUAUCAAUUCGGAAACACCAUCAUUGUUGAGGAUGAGGACGGUGAAGUUAUCAAGACAUAUACCAUGCCGUCAGAGGGCGGCGGUGACCGCAGACGAGAGCAAUAUCGAGAAGGAUUGCGGCGGAUGAGCACUUGGGUCGGUCUGGGCAAACAAGCGGUUGGAGUUGACCCAGGCAAAACUGGAGCCGAAGGAAACUCUGAGGGCGCCGCGGAAGGGGAAGGGGCCACUAAGAACAUCGCUGAUCGAAGUAUUCCAGAGGGCCUGACAGAUGAUGGUCUCAGAAUGAUAAUUUCCAGGAGUGAGCAGUACGGUCUGACUGGCCUCCAGAAAAAGGCACGAGAUGCCCCGGGCACCAUCGCGCUUGGUUCGGGCCGACGACUCUCAACUGCAGAUUUCAUCAAGCAGAUGCAACAAAUGGAUGCCAAAAGCAGGGCUCAAGAAGUUGAACAGAGUGACGCUCCUGAAGAGCUGAAGCGUGAGGUACGCAAAGGGGCUGCAUAUCAACGCUCAGGCCGAGAGCAAGGGGUGACUCCAGGCGGGCAGCCGGCCAACCAAUCCGCAAUGAGCAACACUGGUUCAACGUUGCAAGUCCCUCGCUCACAAGACGGGCAGGGAAAUCGCAGUAGUAGCCCUAGAGAUGCUGAUGACUAUUUUAGCGUUCAAACACGGCCUCGCCCGGAUCGAAUGACCAGCAGUGACCGCACUUCGACAUUGGAAGAGGAGAGUGAAGACGACGAGGCUGACAUUCCAACCCACAAUGUCCAAACGAGUCUUACCAGACAUGGUCAAGGUCAAACAGCUGCAGACAUACGGAGACGCCAAUUGGCCACUAUUCGGUCUAAUGAAGAGGAAGAAGCUGAAGGAGAGAGAGAAACAGCUGCGGAAAAGCGACGGCGACUAGCUGCAUUGGGAAUUGGUGGACGAGAUGACUCGAGCAGUGAGAGUGAUGAUGACAACCAACCUCGAAUUCAUGAAGCAGCAGUCCCUGAACCUGGUCAGGAAGGGCCCUCAUCACAGCCUAAAGUACGGAUCCAGUGGGGUGGCGAAAGUGGCAGAGAGAGGCAGCAAGACAAACAGGAAGAAACCAAGGAGGAAGAUAUGUAUGCUGGAGAUCCCAUCGUGGGUGCCGCUCGCAAACUUCGAGGGAUGCUCAAGAACAGGAAUAAGCCGGCAGAGUCAUAA